UCAAAGUCAGAUAGGGGAUUGGAACAUCAGAGCAACAUGAAGUGAAAAUCAAAUGAGAAGUAUAAAUUACUGCUACAACAAAUUCAAAUUGGCUCGAAACAUAAUACAUAGGAAAACCCCAGCUGUAUGAAAACCAACAGUGCCAUAAAGCUGAAUUCUCUCUAACUCUGCACCACGCUUCAAACCGUAUCAACAGACACACCAAUACAUCGUACCUCAUACCAAUCCUCAGCCUCACGCAUUUUACACAACAAGCUUAUCUCCUGAAAAGUCACGCUACUGUACUGCACAGUUCGCCCGUGUCCGUGCUACAGUAACGUCCAUCGUGCAAGACGCUCGUGUGUUUAGCAUUAUUAUUAUUGUGUUUCUGUACUCAACCACACGAUGAUCAGCAAAAGGGCGCUUUUGCUGUUGGCUUUUAUUCCUCUCUCCGCCGGAUUGAUGUGUGAUUCAACCUGUAACGGGAUAAAAUCCCAGCUGCAGCUCAUCGAUGAUACAGUUACCAACACGGCCAGAAUUAUCGUUCCAACACAAUCCUUCUAUUUCAACUGCGAGACAAACUGCAAACUACAAAAGUUUCUGAAAGAAUAUGAACAAAUUCUGACCUCACAGCGUCAGCACCACAACCAAAUGACGUCGUUUGUGCAGAGUAAGCUCAAGCAGUUUGGCGUACCGCCCGAAGGGCUGCAGGAUAAUGCAGCGCAGUUGGAAAAAGUGUUCCGCGUCGUUAACGAUCGGAACACCUUUCACCAGCGUCAGGUGGACGAGCAGAAGCUCCAGAACCAGAACGUAACAGCCGAGCUCGCGGAGCCACUAAAACUGCUACAGCAGGAGCAGCAACGCAACCAACUUCUGCAGGCCAAGCUGGUCGAGCUGUCUACCACGAUAAGUCAGAUGGAAACGGAAAACAAGAAGCUUCAGGCUAAGAUAAACGAUAAUCCAACCAGCGUACAAGGCUAACACCGAUUGAAGGUGUAGUUAAUUAAUUAAUAAAAGUUUACCAUCGAAAAAAGAAACACUUCUACUUUAUUUAAAUGCAUUUUUAACAAGCCCAUUUUAGCCACUUCUGUACCAUGCACACUUCACAGUCUCUUAUCAAAGCGUCGCACCAAUCCUAUCAACACGUUUUCAGCAGUAAUACAAACAAACAGACCAAUCGGUACGGGAAUUCCCUCUUUUGGCGAGGAAAUAAAGAGCCGGGAUUCACACAGCUCCUCUUCAGCCGCAACGGUAAUCUUAAGGUCAUCAUUUGUUUAUGAUGCAAAGUGUCGAGGAUGUAGUAGUGGCAUGAAAUAGAAACAUCCCCUGUAUCAGUAACCAGAGUGAGGUCACUCAAUCCGGAGCUGCUCGCUCAGUAGUAACUUGAUCGCGAUGGCAGUCACAUUGAUAUUCCUGGUACUGCUAUUCUUCACUGGGACUAACAGCUGCUGGAUUCCUACUUCGCGAUGUAAACCCCACGUGGAUAUCUUUGAAGCUGUCCAGUCACUCCUGGCAACAUCGGCCAGCAAAUAUGGAACACAGUACUCAUCGGAAUAUAGUGAAACCCACAACACACUGCUGCGCGUACUGGAGCGACACCAAACCGAACUUGGCCGACUCACCACAGCGGCCCAAUCGAUGGAAACGCUCACCAACGACAAACUGCAACAGUACGGCCUAAGUCGCAAGCUGACCUUCGAUGGUCGCGCUGCCAACGACAUCGAUACGUUGAGAGACAUAUUCCACCGGCUGGAUGUAGAGAAUGAUGCUGUGCUGCGUGUGCUGGAACUACAUCGACAGGAGCACGUCGAGCGACAGCAGGAGCUAGAUGAUCUGGUCAAACAACUCGAACAUCUGUACCACGGCAACAUUGCGCUGGAGAAAAACAUCAAAGAGCGAAAUGAAACCCUCACCAAAACACUUGCCACCAACGUGAAGCUGGAGCGAAUCGUCAAAGAGCGUGGACUGCAAUAAUGUGUAUAGGUUGCAAUCGGUUGUGCUUUGUGAUGGACGAGAGUAUACACAGUGUUAUCAAAAGUAGUUUACAACUAUAAAUAAAAAAUGUAUCCUCUAAUCCCUUGCACGGUGGAAAGUGUUAAAGCAUUUGGCAAAGUGAGAUCGACGGGGUUUUUAACGCUUCAAACUAGCCAAAGAACUGAUUCUCGAACUUCACAACCGUACAGCGCAGCGGGAAGAAACUUUAUCUCUGCUAAUGCUAUACCACCUUUUUUUUUGUUUCCAGCACCGUAAAGACCAUUGUGCCCCGCCAGGCGAUGGGACGUCUAAGUCAAUAAAGAUGAAACUCCCGUCGA